UCUGGGAAAAGUGAAAGGUGUCUCACUUGCUUUGAAAAUAACAUUAACAAACUUUACUGGCUUAUGUAGCAGAAACGCUACGCUGACUGCUUCAAUGGAGCACUCUAGGCUAAUGUGGCCCUUCACAUCGGGACUCAUUAUCCUCAUUGUUUCUGCCACAUACUGUGAUGGGUUGGAUAAUGACUCCAGUCUCAAACCUAACUUUGUCCUCAUGAUGGUGGAUGACUUGGGUAUUGGAGACAUUGGUUGCUAUGGGAAUGACACAAUCCGGACCCCUAACAUUGACAAACUGGCUCUGGAUGGAGUGAAACUUACUCAGCACAUUGCUGCAGCUCCUCUGUGCACACCAAGCAGAGCUGCAUUUAUGACAGGACGAUACGCCCUGCGCUCAGGGCUUGGGGCCACCGGAAGAGUGCAGGUGAUCCUUUUUUUGGGCGGCUCUGCUGGCCUUCCUCCCAGUGAGACGACCUUUGCUAAGCUCCUGCAGAGAGAGGGCUACACAACUGGUAUUGUUGGAAAAUGGCAUUUGGGGUUGAAUUGUGAAAGCAGGAAUGACCACUGCCAUCAUCCCAACAACCACGGUUUUGACUAUUUCUAUGGGCUUCCCUUCACCCUCUUUAAUGACUGCAAGUCUGGAGAGGGCUCAGAGGUGUUAGUAGACAUCCAACUGAGGCUGCGGGAUCUUACUGUGCUGCUUGGUCUAGCACUGCUUACUCUAGUCUGUGUCUGUGCUGCUGGCCUGCUGGACGUGAGUGGGAAAGCGCUGGUGCUACUGGCUCUUCUGUGGCUCCUGGCCUUUGGGGUGUGGUACGUGCCAUUUCGCCUCCAUACCUGGAACUGUAUCCUCAUGAGAAAUCAGGACGUAGUGGAGCAGCCCAUGAACCUGGAGACGCUGUCGGAGCGCCUCAUCGGCGAAGCUGAGCAGUUUGUUGAGAGGAACCAGCACAAGCCUUUCAUGCUCUUCCUGUCUUUGGCACACGUGCACACUCCACUCUUCAUCUCCAAAGACUUCGCUGGGAAAAGCAAGAAUGGGCUUUACGGGGACAAUGUUGAAGAGGUGGACUGGAUGAUAGGCCGGAUGGUGAAUGUCAUUGAUAGGCUUGACUUGUCAGACAGGACCUUAAUGUACUUCACGUCAGACCAUGGCGGAUUCAUAGAGGAUUCAGAUGCACGUGGACAGAAGGGUGGCUGGAAUGGAAUAUACAGAGGAGGAAAAGCGAUGGGUGGUUGGGAGGGGGGCAUCCGUGUCCCUGGAAUAUUCCGCUGGCCUGGACGACUACCUGCAGGAAAGGUGAUAGAUGAGCCCACCAGCCUCAUGGACGUCUACCCCACGCUGGUGAACCUCGCUGGAGCAGAACUGCCCAAGGACAGAACGUUUGAUGGCCAUGAUCUGAUGCCACUAAUCGAGGGCAGAACAGAGCGCUCAGAACACGAGUUCAUGUUCCAUUACUGUGGGAUUUACCUCAACGCUGCCCGCUGGCAUCCCCCUGGCAGUGAUGCUAUUUUCAAGGUGCAUUUCUUCACUCCCAACUUCUCCCCCCCUGGAGCAGGAGGCUGCUAUGAGAUUGGGAUCUGCAUGUGCCACCCAGAGUUUGUCACCUACCACGAUCCGCCCCUGGUGUUCAACCUGGCCGCGGACCCGUCAGAGAGCACCCCUCUCUCUGCUGAGACGGAGCCUCGCUAUGCGGAGGUGCUGCAGAGGAUGGGCCGAGCUGUGGAGGAGCACCGCAGGACCCUCCGGCCGGUCCCAAACCAGCUGACCUGGGAGAAGGUGCUGUGGCGGCCCUGGCUCCAGCCCUGCUGCGGCACCUUCCCCUUCUGCUCCUGCUCAGAGGCCAGUGGCACCGCAGGACCUGCAGCAUGACCGCAGCAGGACC